AUGUGUGGAUAUUCCUUCGACAAGAAGAAACUACCGAAGGUGAUAAAUACUCUUACUGUCCCUCGAAUUAAUAUCAAACUUCUCUCCAUUUCCAGGACACUACCAGUCAACUCUCAACUCAACACCUACUCAGUUCUACAAUUUCUAUACCCAAUCCAAUCCUUCAUCAUGCACGUCUCCAAGCUUAUUGCCUUCGGCGCCAUGUUCCUGGCUGUCGAUGCCUUUAAAUGCGCUGUUGGCCAGCAAGGCUCAUGUACAUAUGUCGAGUCUGAUGCCAAACAACAUCGUUGUGCUAUCAAAUGCAGCUACAAAGGUGGAUAUGCUAAAUGCACCUGCCCCCAGUACUACCCACGAAACGACAAGAAAUGGCCUUAUGGAGGAAAGCAUGCUUGUAUUUCUACCCCCCAAUACGUCGACCGCUUUAAGUGUUAG